AAUAUGAAAAUAGAAGUAUCAAACACCACAAAAUACUUAUAGGAGACUUAGCGGGCUAACUAACCAUGAUAGAAAAGUACUAUGUUUUUCAUAAUUUUUAACUUCCUUUAUGUUUUGUAUUAAUGAAGUACAACAAAUCUGUCUAGUCUAAUUGGUUACAAUUCUUGUCUUUAAUGGAAGAGACCACGGUUUAAAUCCUAGCAUUGAUUUUUUUUUGGGUGUGCCUACGGUGACAUGCAUGUCACGGUGACUUGCACUUUCCGGUCGACCUCAGUUAGGAUUAGGUCGACCUCAUUUAGAAUUCGGUCGACCUCAUAUAGGAUCUGGUCGACCUCAUUUAGGAUUCGGUCGACCUCAUAUAGGAUCAGGUCGACCUAAUCUAUUGUUUCAGUGUAAAAACAGUUCAUGGUGCCUACUUUGGAUAUUCAUAUCAUACAAUUGGCUGGAUGGAAAUUGAAGACUAAUGACUUGUUUUGAAGCUAGAGUGUCCCUCUACAUAUUGAAGUGGAAGAGAGCUCGAUAGGAAGUCCAGAAGACCAUUUUUGAACCUCGUCAAAAGGCUAUGCCAAAACUGGGAAACUGCCUGAAAAUGGCCAAGUCUGAAAACGUGUUUGUGAAGCCUAUUUUGGAGCUCAAUUCGAAAAGCAUGAAUGCGAGUCGAGUCCAGGAGCCUCUAACACGUUAAAUUAGGUAUGUUUUAUACAAAUUCAAGGCAUUGGAUGAAAGAUUGGAUAUCUGUAAGGCUUCAAACAAAAGGGUCGAAGUUGCUACGAAGACUGUUUUUCUGGCUAACUUUGAGCACAAGCAAGCUGCCAGAAAAAUAGCCUCCGUAGCAACUGCGAGCCUUUUGUUUGAAGUCUUAAAGAUAUUCAAUCUUUCAUCCAAUGCCUUGCCUUUGUAUAAUAAAAUACGUAAUUCAACGUGGUAGAGGGCCCUGGACUUGACUCGCAUCCAUGCUUCUCAAAUUGAGCUCCAAAGUAGGCUUGACAAACACGUUGCCAGACUUAGCCAAUUUCAGGCAGUUUCCCAGUUUUGGCAUAGCCUUUUGGUCAGGUUCAAAAAUGGUCUUCUGGACUUUCUAUUGAGCUCCCAAGUACUUUAAUGUGUAGAGGGACACUUCAGCUUCAAAACAAGCUCUUAAUCUCCAAUUUCCAUCUAGCCAAUUGUAAGAUAUGAAUCUCCAAAGUAUACAUCAUGAAACUGUUUUUACACUGAAACAGCAGAUUAGGUCGACCUAAUCCUAUAUGAGGUUGACCGAAAAGUGCAUGUCACCGUAACAUGCAUGUCACCGUAGCAAAGUCCUAUUUGUUUAUAUGAAAUAAAAAAUUGAUUGUGUAAACGAAAAUACCCUUCCUACUUUCACUCUCGUUAAAGUUGGAUUCUUAUUAUUAAAAGUGUGAACAUUUUACACAAAGAAUAAAACGUUUGUUGAUCUAUUAUUAAUAUGAAUUAGACGCUCGGCGUCUGUCUUUUAACCAAAAAAAAGAAUAAAACGAUUUGUUACCGUUUAUGUUAAUUACCUAGAUCGGAACGAAUGAGGAUUUAGAUUCUCCAAUUUGAAACUCUCUCUGCAAACAAAACUAAAAUCGGAGCUCCGAGGGCGAGGGUGAUUAUCCUCCGCCGGUUAACAAAUUCUCUCUGCCAUGGACGCACGUCACGCAUCUCUGGGUCGACGAACUCUGGAAGAUAUUCGACAAAAGCGAGCGGCAGAGAGAUUGAGCAAAGCAUCGUCUGGACCAGAUCUCAGCAAAUCCCCAAUCCUUGCAGAUAAUGUUGGAAUAAAGAAAUCCGAGAGUGCAAAUCGACUCUCAGAGGCUGAUGUUAGUGGUUUAGUAGCGCAGCUGCAAGAACUUCAGAAAAGGAAUUCAGAGUUAGAGGAGAAGAACAGGGUACUGUCUUUCAAGCUCCAAACCGAGAAUGAUGCGAAUGAGACAUUACAAAGUCGUGUGAAUGAUCUGGAACAGAGUACAGUUCCAUCUUUAAGGAAAGCCCUUAAGGAUGUAGCAAUGGAAAAAGAUGCAGCAGUUGUUGCAAAGGAGGACCUUUCAGCCCAGCUUCGUACACUAAAGAAACGGUUAAAGGAUGCAGAAGAGGAACAAUACAGAGCUGAGGAAGAUGCUGCAGCAUUGAGAGCAGAGUUGAACUCAAUUCAGCACCAGGCAAUGAGUAAUCAGCUCAACGGUAUAACUUCCAUGGGUAUUCCAUCAGACCAAUUACAAAGCUUUGAACUUGAGUUGGCCAAUUUGAAGUCGGAUCUGCAGCAAGAAUCUACCAUGAGGCAACUCGAGCAACAGCGGUUGCUGGAGGAGAAACUCAAGGUUUCUGUCCUUGAGUCUGAAAAGCAGCAGCUGGAAGACAAACUUCUUUCUCUGUCCCAAAGUGCAACAGAACAAGUGUCAGAAGGUGUUGCUCAUAAUGUAUUUUCAAUGGAGGAUAAAGAGAGACUUGAGAAGCAGUUGCAUGAUAUGGCUGUUGCAGUUGAGAGACUGGAAAGUAGUAGACAGAAGCUUUUGAAGGAGAUUGAUUCCCAAUCUUCAGAGAUAGAGCAGCUUUUUGAAGAAAAUUCCCACCUUUCACAUUCUCUUCAAGAGGCAAUGAACACUGCCAUUCAAUGGGAGAGCCAGUUAAAGGAUUGUCUCAAGCAAAAUAAAGAACUUCGUGUAAUGCUCGAUAAAUUGAGAACAGAACAGGCAGCUGUACUGUCUUCAAGUUACAAUGACAUGCAGAGAGGCUCAAAAGAACCAGAAAGGGAUGGCUUAAACUCACAGGGAUCUGCAACUGAAGUCCUCUCUCUCAAGGGGGAGCUCGUAAAAGAACAAAGCAGAGCAGAAGCUUUAUCGGCAGAAGUCAUGCAGCUAUCGGCAAAACUCCAGCAGGCAACACAGGCAUACAUUAGUCUUGCACAUGCGUAUAGACCCGUGCUGCGGAACAUUGAAAGCAGUCUCAUCAAGAUGAAGCAGGAUGGCUCCGUGACAACUCAAUGAGAAAGCAGAGAGUAUACUAUUCAUUCAUCGUAUACUUCAUGACUAGCUGACCUCCACUGCAGGCUUUUUGUACCUACUAGAGCUUUUGAAAUGCUCGACUUUAGGGCGAACAAGCCAGCUGGAAGAGUAGAAGGGCAGUUUCCCUCAUGUUACUUUCUUCGAUUUGGGUCCAGGAAAGUAAUGUGGGGAUGCCAAAACCUUGUGUCUAUUGUGUACUCUUCAAAGCCAUCUGGAUUUGGUGGUAUUUGGGAUAACCUACGAGGCCUGUUUCUGCUGUGGGACAAUGAAAGACAACCUGAGAUACUUAUUGCCUACAGAACUCGCCUACCUUGCUACGGGAAAGAACGAUGAAUGGCUAUUACCAGAUCUCACAAGGGCGUAUUAUUUUCUCAAAACUGUAAGGUGUAUGAGUUGAUAUACAUACGUGCCACCAAAAAAUAUGAAAGCUUUCGGACUUUUAUGUGUGCCAAGAGUGCAAGCAGAAACAGAAUAUGAGGAGUCACCUUGAUUAUCACCAAUAAUCCCCACAAGAACAAACCCCAUUCCGAAAAUGGUGAAACGCUUCUCACCGGAAUCUCUUUACGUGCACAAAUUUUAUAUGAACUUUGGUAAAGGGUGACAAUCUUUCACACAACCAAAGGUGUUUGGUGAUCCGAAUUGGCUCUGCAUUGCUGGUGUUGAUGAGUCCAAAUGCUAGGGCUAAUUUCUCACUGUGGCCAAGCACAAUCCUCAUGUUAAUUGCAUGGUUGGUCACUGAGAUUACAAAAAAACGUUCAAGUUUGGUCACUCGAAAUAUUUAAAUCUAUUGGUGGUAUUUCAGUUUACUGAAACCGUUCACGUUUGGUCACCCUCCGUCCAACUCCGUUAGCUUUUACUUACAAGGCGGCCAACUCUAAAAGUUGACCGUUAAAUUUGUGACGGGAAAUUUAAAAAUAAUAAAAUUAAUAUUUUUCAAAUUGCCAUCUCAUUUCCACCUCAUUAUCACUUUAUUUAAAAUAAAUAAAAAAAUCCUAAUUUCUUCUUUCUUCUCCAUUCACAACUUCCCCCUCUCUCCAAAAAAACACACAAACAACAUUCUCCACCCAAAUGAGAAUUCGAUUCCGAUUAGGGUGCUACCCACGAUGAAGACGCGGAGAAGAGGUAAUUCCGACCGUUGUAGUCUGUGGUGGAUGCGUUGUCGGGCCCUGUUUCGGAGUUGAGAUUCUCGAUGCAGAGUUGGAGGGAUCUGUCGCAGAGGGAGGAGCGUUUUGCCCCGUAAGCGAUGGCGGGUUUUAGGAUUGGGGAAGGAGGAGGAGUCGGAUGGGAUUCAGAUAAUGUUUGGAGGAAGCUCCACCUGCCCGAUUCACCAUUAACACUAUGUUCAUAAAUGGCAGAAAGUGAAAUGGAGGGAAAGAAAGGGAAGAAAGCACAAAUAACGAGGACUUGUCCCCUGUUCUUAAGGAGAGAAUGGGUGGAGGGAAUGGAAAUGGGAAGGGAAAGGUUCCUGUAGAACCCUACCCCCAAUUUGGACAGAAAGCUCUCUGGUGGGUCAUUCUUUUUUUUUUUCUUUCUUUCCUUUGUUUUGCUUUACGUAUGAUGAAGAGUUAGACAUAUAUAUUUUGUUAUAAAUGGUAACUUAUCAC